UCAGGGCUUGACAUAUGAAGUGAAAGCGGGCAAGUUCCGUGUGAUGUUAAAAAGCAUAGCUUUCACUUUUGAACGAUAUAACGGACGGUAGAUUAAGAUUUAUCUCCUUUCAUUUAUCGCUGUUUACAACAAAUUGAGAUUAAGAAUAAGCGUCAUCUUUGCCGUACACCGCGCUCUAGAACUGAUACCGAUUACAAAUUUUAUGUUGCCAAUUGUCAACAUAACAACAUUUAUAUCUGGUUUGUUUUCUUGGGCCAGUCAGUUCAACUUAAAACAAUGAUCUCUUAACCAAUGAUACAUUAAGCACACUUGAAGAAAACAAGUUCAGUUAAAAUGUCAUCAUCAAGGGUAGUAAAAACAUCUAUGAAAUCUGGUCAACUGAACAGUUCUGACAUCACCAAAUUGAAUUUCCUAUUCAAGUGUGAUCUCUUUAAUCCUAUUUAUAAUAAUUUCCGCCCUACGUAUUUCCAAUGUAGUAAAGAAUCAGCAUGUGAUGAUGCCCACAAGACAUGUUCGAGUCCAAUCAAUAAUACCAUAAAAGAAAUGAUGGUUUGUUUAAUUGAUGAUAAAAACUGGUUUCCUCUUUACCAGUCGUUGAUAAUAAAUGUGACACCAGAUUACUACCUGGACGAACAAAUAUUUCGUACUAUUUUGUAUGCUCUCACAGAUUUAGAAGAUGAAUCACUUUAUCAAAGGUUUGUCGAAUGUUUAAAAGUUCACUUAAAAAUUCACUCACCUUGUGAUAAAAAUAUGAAAGAGUAUUACAGCAAAAUAAUCAACGACAAUUUAACAAGUCAGGAUUGCAACAUUUCAUUUUUAUUUUACAAUCUGCCAAAAGUUUUGGAAGAAUUGUCUGUUAUAAUGGAAACACUAGUGCCUGUUAAAAGAAAAAUGUCUCUCGAGGAAAUGGAAGGAGACAAUUUCAAUGAAAAACGAGUCCCUUAUUCGUCCACCAAUUUCUCAUUAUUGGUUACACAGUUAGUAGAUAAGUUAAAUGAUCCUUCGUGCAGCCAAAUUGCUGAAAAACUGCCAAAUGGGCUAAGCUCUGUUGAAAAAUUAGAAAGACUCUUUGUUAUUUUUGACAUAUUCAUGGACAUAAUCGACCAGGAUUUAUAUAUGUUUCUAGUGCGAAGAGCAAGAAUAUAUCUUAAAAAAAUGCCAAGGUCCAGUUACCCCAUGAUAGUGAAAACAGCUUGGCCUUCACCCAAGGAAAAAUUUGGUUCUGUUAACCAACAUUGCAUAUGCAUUUUUAAACUUUUAACAAAUGUGCCUGAUGAGUACAACCGAUACAUAUAUAGAUAUAUUUCAAUGCUAGCCGAAAUAGCAAGGAUUAAUGAUAAAAACAGGAUAAAUGUUUUUCCCUAUUUUGGUACACUUUGUAUGACAUUUGCAUGUCAGCUUGCUUUGCACAUUUCCAAUACAAGAAAUGAUUCAGGCAUGGUUGAUAUAAUUAAAAUGAUCUGUCCUAUGUGGUUGAAAAUGCUUGUUUGCUAUAAUGUUCUUGACAUUAAGACAUCAACUCCUGAUAAGAUUACAUUAGACAGCAUUUUACAGGCUGUGAAAGAAAAAUUGACGAAUAAACUACUUAAGGAAAAUGAAAAAGGUAAUACGUUUAAAAAACAAAAAAGAUGCUCUAGGAAAUCACAAGAAUUAAAUAAAGAAGAGAAACCAACCUACACAAAUGAAUAUGAUAAGCAGAUUCGAUUAUUCCAUCUUCUAAUAACAUCUUAUGUUAGAAUUUACCAUAUAAAAUCUCCUUUCAACAAAAAUUCUUCAAAUCAAGAUUUAAGUUUAGAAUUGGAUCCUUUAAUUACAUUUGAUUAUGCUCAAAAUGAUCUUGAUAAUAUUGCUUUUAAUGAGUUGUUCCUUCUUAUCGAACAGUUGCAUCUCAAGUAUAAGGAUAGUGAAGUUCAGUAUACGUACAUGUUUUUAAAAAAUAGAAUGAACAUCGCAUGAGAUACAUCUGCAUUUUGUAACACAAAUAUACACAUUUUCUUGUUA